AUGUCAAGAUUAAUGUCAAAAAGUAAAGCAGCCCAGACAAUGAAGGAAUCACUUCUCCAGUGGCUUUGUAUAAGACAUGCGACAAAUAAAUCUCUAACCAGAGAGAUGUUAAAAAAAACAGCACUUGAAUUUGUCGAGUAUUAUAAUGUUGAAGGAUACAAAUGCGGGGGAUCUUGGUUAACCCAAUUUUUGAAGCGCUACAAAUUUUCCCCAUCACUAACUGAGUGUUGCGGUCCAGAGUUUGACAACUUUAUUGAAUGGAUAGAAAUAAUGCGCCCUUAUCUUUCUAAUUAUCAGUAUGAGGAUCAAUUUUUCCUAGACGAGCUUGUUAUGUACACAGAUUUCAAGCCCAGCGACCAGUAUCAGAAUCAUUCAACCCGCGAUAUGAAUGAAACAGGUUCAUCAGUUGACUUCGACGAAGAAAAUCUAAACACUAAAGCCGUACGGCCACCCGCGAUGAACAUAGUAACAAUUUUACUAGCCGUAAAUGCUUCGGGAACUGAAAAAAUGCCCCCAAUAAUUUCCGGCCGCUACAAAAUCGAAACCCCGAGUCAAGAUUGCGUUUACCAAUGCGACAAUUACAGCCGCAUAAACAACGGGACACUCGCAGGCUGGCUGAUGGCAAUGAACACCAAAAUGGCCGAGUUAAACCGAAAAAUAAUUAUGGUACUAAACAGAAGUCACAUCAAUGCCGUAAAUUUCGCCCAGUUGACACACAUUCAGCCCGUUUACUUACCAAUCAAAUUUCCGAGCCACCUUCGACCUCUCAGACGAGACGUUAGUCAUUUUAUUAAAAUGCACUACAGGUCUAAUUACGUCCAAGGGCUGUGCCAAGAGCCUACUAAGGAUUUUUGGGAGCCUGAAGAAAUUAUCAACUGCCUAGUCGAAGCCUGGAAAAAAAUCCCUGCAGAAUUGAUAGUAGUUAAUUUCCAACGUACUAAAUUCCGCAAUGAUGAUUGGUAUUUAAAUAUACAGUGUCCACAGUGGCACACUUUAAAAAUAGGCGUGAGCUUCGAGAAGUUUGUCACCUUUGACGACUGUCUCAGCGAAGCAAGAGACGGUAUUUACAACGGAGAAUUAUUAGAGAGGAUUAAUGUCGACAGCGAGCUUCGCAAGUCUUUCAGUCAAGAUGGAAGUCUAAUAAAUAAGUCUAAUUUUAUUGAGGACUCUAUGAGCUCGCAAGAUUGCGAUGGGAGUCUUAAAAGACCUAGUGAUGAUUCUGUUGAUGGAAAUUCUUGCGAGCCGAUGGAUUUUUCUAAUGCUAACCGCAGCAGCUUUUCUGUUAAAGUUGAAGAUAUUCAGGAAAAUAUCCAACCUAUGGCUAAAGAAGAUGACUACGCGGAAGAAACUCAACAAUCUACUGAUUGGAAGUCAGUUGGUUCCGAUAAGCCGAUAAUAAACUUAAUUUCUGAUAGAUCAGCGGGUUCUGAUCAAGUCCACAGAGAUAAUUCCGUGGAAAAUACUGCUAGGAAUUUUCCUAUUGAUGAUUUUAAUGCUAACGUUGAUAAAAGGUCCACAAAUGUUACGAAUGAAUGCAAUGAAUACAAGAAUUCAUAUUCUUCUUGUCCUAAUUAUCAAGAUAAAUUUUUUUACCCGUACAAUCAAAGUAAUUCGUACACAAAUCUGGACCAAAAGUACGAUCGCUAUGGAUAUGACUCAGAAAGAUUUGGACAAAUGGUUUAUCCCAGCUCGCCGGUGCCAAGCACCAGCAAGCAGGGCCUUGAAGAGUCUUACGCGCUCCAGCGGCUCUAUUCAGGUGGUGAAGACUUUAAUGGCAGGAUUCAUCAGUUAACGCCAAUCGUGAUCAAGAGCCCGAGGGUUGAUAUAUUUAUGGACAGAGAUAAUGACGGAGCUGGUGAUGGAAAUGAUAACUCUAAGAGACUUCGUUCUAAUGAAGAUUGUAUUCAUAAUCCUGCUAUUGCUACAGUUACUGAAAACUGCACUUGUAUUAAUGAACCGUCUGAGAAAAAAAUUAAAUAUGAAGCUCAUUGGUCCGAUUGCUAUCAGCACCAACCGGUGUUUGGGCAUAACCAUUGCUAUGAUUCGUAUGAUUACCCGGUGAAUCUUCAGACCGGUGCUAUGGAACCGACUGAUGCUACAGAUAAUAUUGAAGUGGAGAAAAGAUCUAUCUUUACGGUGACUGAUAGUCAAGGUCAGUUUGGGGUUAAAAAGUAG